GUGCCCAGUCGCAGGCCGGUAUGGUGCUUGGGGGUGUCCGCUGGUGCACCGCUUGAAGGCGAGGUCGCGUGCGUGUGUGUGUGCGUGUCUGUGAGAAAGGCGAGGGGCGUGGUAGUAUCAGAAGAGAAGACUCGGCUGAUUUCAAAGGCCGCUCGCGCCACCCGCUCCGUGACGUCACUGGUGACCUCUGACGUCACAAAACCCACCCGUCCACCAUGACGGCCAACAACGGCACACUCUACAACUACGAGUGCUCGGACGGCCUCAUCCUGCCCAUCGUCAACGAGUUCACCUGGGCCAAGGAGGCGCGAGCCACUCUCUACUUCUUCGGCCUGCUCUACUGCUUCCUGGGCAUCUCCAUCAUCGCGGACAUCUUCAUGUGCAGCAUCGAGAAGAUCAUCUCCAAGACGAGGAAGAUCUACAUGGCCUCGGCUACAGAGAAUGAGCCAGAAGUUAUAGAGGUCCGUAUCUGGUCAGACACCGUAGCCAACCUGACGCUGAUGGCGCUGGGAUCCUCCGCUCCGGAGAUCCUCCUCUCCUGUAUCGAGAUCGUCGGCAACAAGUUCGAGGCUGGCGAGCUCGGACCGGGCACCAUCGUCGGCUCAGCGGCGUUCAACUUGCUCUGUAUCGUGGCCAUCUGUAUCAUAUCCGUGCCGAAGGGAGAGGUGCGAACCGUGAAGUACAUGAAGGUGUUCGCCUGUACCACCUUCUUCAGCUUCCUCGCGUACAUCUGGCUGCUGGUGAUCCUGGUGGGCUCCUGGUCGCCCGAUCAGGUGGAGAUCUGGGAGGCCGCCGUCACCUUCGCCUUCUUCCCCCUGAUGGUGCUGCUCUCCUGGGCGGCCGAGAGGAACUUCUUCAGGGAGGCGCCGGCUGAUAAACAGAUCGAGCUCGGCAGGUUCAAACCCGCCGACAAGUUUUCUCGGGACAUCCAGUACUUCAAGGACGGAGAACUCAACAAGGAUGCGCUGGUCAGCUUCGUCAGGGAGGUGAAGAAGAUGAACCCCAAGAUCAGUGACGAGGACGCCGCCGUGCUUGCCGCUCAAAAACUGGUGGACAGUCAGCACCACUCUCGUCUGUGGUACCGCAUUGGAGCCACUCGCAGUAUCGCCGGGGGGCGGAAAACCACGCCCAACAUGAGCAUGAAACUGCAGCAGGUGUACACCACCCUGAACGAACACCCGGACGCGCCCACCCUCGGUGAAGUGAAGGUGGUGGACACCACGGAGAAUGCCGUCAUUGAGUUCCACGCCGCCACAGCGCACGUGAUGGAGAACGUCGGAAAGUUUGACGUCACUGUUGUCCGGUCUGGUCUGACGGAUACAGAGGUCCGCUGUAGGAUCGAGACCAUUGAUGGCACGGCUACGGUAAACGAAGACUACAUCGGCAUCAACGAGAUUCUCACCUUCCAGCCGGGAGAGAUCGAAAAACAGGUGACUGUGGAGAUCAUCAACGACAACCAGUGGGAGCCCGACGAGGAGUUCUUCCUCAAGGUCUCCCUCCUGCCCGAGGACAAGGAGCCGGUCGGAGUGGAGAUCGGACGCAUCUCCAUCAUGGAGAUUACCAUCCUCAACGAUGAUGAGCCUGGCAACGUGCAGUUCUCCAAGCGCGGUUACCUGGUGAACGAAUCCAUCGGAAAGGCCUCCAUCCCGGUCAUCAGAAAGAACGGAGCAGACGGCGAGAUCUCCGUCAAAUGGAAGACGAUCGACCGCUCGGCACUAUCGGGAAAGGACUAUGAGGGCGGAGAGGGCAUGCUCAUCUUCAAACACACGGAGACGGAGCGAAUUCUGGAGAUCCCCAUCACCAACGACUUCUGUCCGGAGAAGGACGAACACUUUGAGAUCGAGCUGUUUGACCCGACGGGCGGAGCACGGAUCGGACGCAUCAACCGCACGGCGGUCACCAUUAUCAGUGACGACAACUUCAACACGGUCAUCUCCCGUCUGAUGAACCUCACAAACGCCAACAUCCACGCCGUGGAGAUCCAGCGCCAGACCUGGGGCGAACAGAUCAAAGAAGCCCUCACCGUCAACGGCGGCGACGUCGAGAACGCAACCAACAUGGACUACGUCAUGCACUUCCUCACGUUCUUCUGGAAGGUGCUGUUCUCGCUGGUGCCUCCGACCGGCAUGCUCGGUGGCUGGCCGUGCUUCUUCGUGUCACUGGGAGUGACCGGAGUGGUGACGGCUAUUGUCGGAGAUCUGGCGUCCAUCUUUGGAUGUCUGGUCGGACUUCGGGAUAGUGUAACAGCCAUCUCGUUCGUGGCUCUGGGCACCUCUCUGCCCGACACAUUCGCCUCCCGCACCGCCGCCAUCAAGGAGACCUACGCCGACAUGGCCAUCGGUAACAUCACCGGCUCCAACAGCGUCAAUGUGUUCCUGGGCCUGGGACUGCCCUGGCUGAUCGCCUCCAUCUAUCACGCUGUGGCGAGCGAGGACGGCACAUUUAAGGUGGAGCGCGGCGCACUGGCGUUCAGUGUGGCCAUGUACACUGGCUGUGCCAUCGUCUGCGUGUCGCUGCUGGUGGCCAGGCGGUACCUGAAGGUGUUUGGAAACGGAGAGCUCGGAGGUCCGACCGUGCCGCGCUACGCCUCCGGUAUCUUCGUGUUUAUGCUCUGGAUUCUGUAUUUGGUGAUGUCGUCUCUUCAGGCGUACGGCCACCUGCCGGGCAUGGGCUAAAGAGGACGGAGAGGGCGUACAGCGCUGGCAGCGUCAUCUAUGAACGGGAGUUAACACCAUGACUUUAUGAGCCGACCGAGAGAUGGGUGUCAAAUCGAGCCUUUUGGUGGUAGGAUGUGUGCUCGCUCGAUGGCUAUAGAUAAGGUGACUAAGUGCAGGGAUCACCACACCUUUCCAUGCUUCUAUCCUCAGGAUACUGAAAUCCUUCUCCUCCACGCCGCAACCCCUCUCCGGGCUGGACAGGCAACUUUAUCUCAUGCGGGCUGCUCCCUUGGAGCGGCACCGCUGCUCCUGAGGGAGCGCACCCCGUAGCCGGGUGCAGUGAGUGCCUUGGGGCUGGGUGGCCUGUCCUCUGGACGGGCUCAGCCCCGGCGACUCACUAGGGUGCCUGCCCAGACCAAUGUCUCCCCCUAAUUCCUAUCAUCCUUCCGGCUCUGCAAUGGUCUUGUCGACCGAAAGGGCCUAACCCAACAAAACAAACAAACAAACAAGGGAUCAUCACCGUUCUGUGCUUCUAUCCUCAGGAUACAGAAAUCCUUCUCCUGCUGCCUCCGGGCUGGACAGGCAACUUUAUCUCAUGCGGGCUGCUCCCUUGGAGCGGCACCGCUGCUCCCGAGGGAGCGCACCCCGUAGCCGGGUGCAGUGAGUGCCUUGGGGCUGGGUGGCCUGUCCUCUGGACGGGCUCAGCCCCGGCGACUCACUAGGGUGCCUGCCCAGACCAAUGUCUCCCCCUAUAUCCUAUCAUCCUCCCGGCUCUGAAAUGGUCUUGUCAGACCGAAAGGGCCUAACCCAACAAAACAAACAAACAAGUGCAGGGAUGGCGUGCACAAUGUGAAUUGAGCGAAUUUAUUCGCUAACGACACCUAUCGCCGUUAAGGUGCUUCGUAAUUAAACGUUGAGAGACAGUUACACUUACCGAUUAACAUAAAUCGUUGCGAUAAGUCAAAUAUGAGACCCGUGCGGUCUCCGUUUCGCCUCAGCCCUCAGCCUGGCGUGUUCCAUGGACAGCUCUGAUGAUUACGGCCGCCAUUUAAUCGCGCCCCAGAAAAGUCAUUUCUGACACUGAAUAGCUGUUUCAACCUGGAAUUGUUUGCAGCACCUAUUUGGAAACAUUCAGUACUAAUGGCGAAAAAUGGCUCAAUUGUGUUAUUACUGGCACUAAUUAUUCGGAGUGGUAUACUCUAAAACUAGAGUCUGGCACUAAAAUGCUGAAACUAGCACCCAUCUACUAGGAAAGUAGACGGCAGGUCUGCCAAAUCAAGUUUUUUUUUAAUAUUCCAUGAAGACUUAGUCUGCACAGUGCACAUAGUUGCCAGUGCCAUUGCUGAAGUGUGAUAUGCACACAGGAGGCUAACACACGCCGAGACCACCAGACGUGCGUCAGGUGCCUCGCCAGUCGGCGGCGGCGCCGGCGGGAAUGAAGUCACGGGUCUCGGGCCAGGGGGCUCGCGCGACGCCACUGUCGAGGCGCUAUAGCUGCAUU